AUGUCAGGCUACGACAAGGCACGCAUCUCACUCGAUGUCGCAAGAGCCAUCGGCACACUCGGAGCAGGCCUCGGGGCAGGCCUGAUGUUCGCCACACCCAUCUUCACUACCAAUGUCGCUUUUGGCGUGACGACAAUGUCACCGCGUGAUCGUUUGGGGUACUGGAGCAAGCUCUUUGACAUUGGCGCGGUCGUCGUGCCCGUCCAGGCAUCUAUCACCAUCUUAUCGCUCGGCACGGCCGCGUAUCUAGCAGAGAAUAACAACGACAAGCCUCUCGGCAACCGCAGAAAGAUCCUGCUCGCUAGUGCUGCCGUGGUGCAGGCGCUCGUGCUGGUCUGGACGCGCGGCGUGAUGAUACCCUCGACGAUUCACCCGCUCAAAGCGAUCGAAGCGCGACAAGCCAAGGAUGGUGACGACAAGAGCGGCAGUGACGCCUUCAUCAUCAAAUGGAACCAGCAGCACCUCGUCAGAGUCCUGCUCGUCGGAACCACUUUCGCCCUCAGCGUGCUCGAGCUCGUGACACAGUAG